AUGUUCUUUCGAUUCACAGCAGAAGAAGCCCGCGAGCUUAUUCAACGUUAUCUCACCGAACAUCCGGACCCCAACAAUGAAAAUAUCGUUGGAUAUAAUAACAAACGAUGCUGGCCAAGAGAUAGUCGAAUGAGACUAAUGAAACAUGACGUCAAUUUGGGACGCGCUGUAUUUUGGGAUAUAAAAAAUCGCCUCCCUCGUUCGGUAACAACCAUAGAUUGGGAUGCUAGCACCUUUGCCUCCGUAUACAGCAAGGAUAAUCCAAAUUUGCUUUUCUCCAUGUCUGGUUUCGAAUGCCGUAUUCUUCCUUCGUGUAGAGCUAGUGGUCAAGCCACAGACAUCAACUUGCCCAGCGGAGUUUGGCAUCUUCAGAAUGAGGUGACCAAAGAACGUACUGCUCAAUGCUUCCUUCGUGUAGAUGAUGAGUCAAUGCAGAGAUUCCACAACCGUGUCCGACAAAUACUGAUGGCCUCCGGCUCAACGACAUUCACCAAAAUCGUCAAUAAAUGGAAUACUGCAUUGAUUGGUUUAAUGACCUAUUUCCGAGAAGCUGCUGUGAGCACUGUCAAUCUUCUUGAUCUUUUAGUCAAAUGCGAGAAUAAAAUCCAGACUCGCAUAAAGAUCGGCCUAAACUCCAAAAUGCCUGCCCGUUUUCCUCCCGUCGUCUUCUAUACACCCAAGGAACUUGGCGGUCUGGGUAUGCUGAGCAUGGGGCACGUCUUGAUUCCUCAAUCUGAUCUCCGAUGGUCUAAACAGACUGAUGUGGGUAUCACUCACUUCCGUUCUGGUAUGAGCCAUGAUGAAGAUCAGGUGAUUCCUAAUCUCUUCUCCUAUAUACUGACAUGGGAAACGGAAUUUCGUGACUCACAAAGUGUUUGGGCGGAGUACGCCCUUAAACGUCAAGAAGCCAAUGCACAGAAUAGGUUUGUAGAAUUUAUUUUGUUUUUAUAUUUUUGUGAUAUGGAGUCCUGUAUUCAAUAUUUAGGCUAA